UCUUGUGCGGAAGUGUACAACCCGCUUAAAUGGGCGGAUGUGUCGCUUCUGUGAGACAGUGCAACACGUUGAAAAGCACUGCUUGCAUUGUAGUAAACUCUGCACAUGGACAUGUUUCAGUAAGUCUAGACUUUGGAUUGGACUGGCAAUGCAAUGGAAAGACCGCCGCCAUUUCAGCAUGAUCAGUAUUUUUCUGCAAGACCUCCACAGCAGCAACAGCCGCCACCGAAUCCGGAGUUUCCUAAUCAGGAAAGCGCCGCUCACUUCUUUAACGAGGGUACGAGGGGCGAUAUGUUCCCCAGAGGGUUAGAUUUGUCUAUGCAUGGGGCAUUUCAGCGCUCUGAACUACAAAACCCUGGUGAAAUUCAUGGCAGCGGUGCCGGUGGAUCUUUUUGGCCUAGGCAAGAUCUUUACCGACACCAGCAGCGGUUCCCUCCUGGAGACCAGCGAUUUAUCCCUAAUGAAUCGGACAGGUCAGCCGCUUUACAGCCACCACCGUAUCGUUCACAGUUUUAUCGCCAGCAAGGAGAUAACGCUUCGAACCCAGGUGCGCAUAGAACGAUGGAUUUAAGUAAAACAGUAAACCCUCCUUUUUCUGAGAUUCCUGGUCCGUCGGGACCUGAUCAGUUGUCCCAAGGUGUCGGUAACGCUGCACAAAUGGAAUUCAGUUACAGACAGCAGCCGCCGACAGUAUCAGGUUGUCACGACAAUCCGUGGCAACCAAAUUACAAUUAUUCUACUCGUAUGCAGACACAAUUUGGAGACCCACGUUAUAACAGACCUCCUCAAGAAGAUCCCAGUUCUUACGGUAACAUUGGUCCGUUUCACAGCCAGUCCGGCCCUGCCACACCUAAUAAUUCUAAUUAUCAGAGACAUCAUAACCCCGAAGCUUCCCAGUACAACUUUUCUGAAAGUACAUUAUCAGCACAUGAAAUGCACUGGCAUUGGAAAGAAACGUCAACGACCUCUCGCCACCAUAAUGACUUUGUUGCGCAGCCAGACUCGGAAGCCAGACAGGCGCAACAAGACGAGCAAUGGAUUGCAAAGUUUUUGUCAAAAAGGAACAGAACAGUUUCAAAGGUGUCGUGCCCCAAACAGUCAGAGCGCACCCCGUUGGUAAGCGAGGCCCGCGACGCUGUCUAUAGCGCGGCUCGGUUGGUGUCGGAAUUGGCUCGGCUGUGUCGGGUUCUGAAGCAGAACGUAGAGAAUGAGAGCCUUUGGUCUGAGUCCUACAUGAAAGCAGUGGCGGUCAAGAAGGAACUCCAGGAGAAAUUAAAGACUCUAGAUGACCCUGUGUAUAUCGAGAACGUUAAAAAGAAGCUGGCCAGGAUCAGUAAGAAAAGGUCAAGGCUUCAGAGGAAGAAACGGGAACAGACUCUGGAGAAACAGGAGGAAGAAGCCAGGGCAGCCGAGAGGGAGGCGCAGAUUGACAGGUGGAGGAUGAAAUGCGUCCAGCAAGUUGAAGAAAAGAAACGGGAGCAGGAACUGAAAGCUGCAGCAGACAGCGUGCUGUCUGAAGUGAGGAAGAAACAGGCCGACUCGAAAAGGAUGAUGGACAUUCUCCGCUCGCUGGAGAAACUGCGCAAACUGAGGAAGGAGGCGGCUGCUAGAAAGGGAAUACACCCAGAAACCACAGCAGACGAAGCUUUUGAGCAGCAGGUGGCUGCGCUAAGGAAAGUGAUUGUGAAACGCACUGUGGUGUACGACGCUGAGGAGAAGGCUUUGAGAGUCAUGCUGGAGGGUGAGCAGGAAGAGGAGCGCAAGAGAGAGCGGGAGAGAAAACACAAGAAGGAAAAAGAGAAACUGCUGCAGAGAAAGUGCCAAGUCGAGUCCAUGCUGUUUGGAAACUCAGCUGAAAUGCAUCCAGAGCACCCUCUUCGGCCUUUCAGACAUUACUACUUACAAGCUGAGCAUUCCUUACAUGCUCUCAUACAGAUCAGGAGGGACUGGGAGUGCUUCUUGGUACCUCCAGAUCACCCGGAUGGCAGCUUCAUUCCUCAAGGCUGGAUUCUUCCAGUGCCUCCCUCUAACGAUGUCUGGGCCACUGCACUCGAGAAACCUGACUAGUCUAUCCACUCAGGGCAGCUGCAUAGAACCGGGAUAUAGAACCUUUUCAAUAAAAGACAAUAAACUUGACCAAAAAAGUUGUGUGUGUGUCUAUUACUAUUACAAGAGGAAGUUCUUUUAAAUGCGCAGCAAGUAUUUUCUUUCCUUUUAUCUACAUAUCUGCCCAAUAUAAAAUUGUGCUGGAACUUGUCGCUGCUUGUUUAUCUUGACUUAGGUGGGUCUGUUUAGGAUCUUGUCGCUGUUUUUCCAAGUGCAGUUGACAAAGUUCAUCUGCUUUCCAAGCAAGCCAUUAACGAAACAAAACAUUUGACUAAACUGAGAAAUUCAACAGCAGAAAGAAAAUGAACAGUAUUUGUUGCAUUUCUUUUUUGUCUGCAAUUGAAAUGUGUUUUAUUUACACACAGCAGCAAAUGUAGUGUUUUAAGUCCACGUGGAAUCUUGCCUGUUUGCAUGUGCUUCAGCUGGCAUGAAGAUGAUGCUGGAUCUCCUGUUAUGUCAGUGGAUUAACAGUUCAAGAGGAAUUAGCAUUUAUUAGCACGUCUGCCAAGAAAGAAAACAAAGCAACAAGAUCUGAACAUCGCAGCUGAAUCAAGAACAAGGAGCUCCAUUACAGGACCC